CUGACUCUCUCUCACACCACCCAAGCCAAAACCUUUUCUCUCUAAAAUUUUAAAUUACCUGUCCUUUAUUCGAACAUCAACACUCUUUAGUUUAUCUCUGAAAUGGCUUUCUCUCUCUCCCUCAAAACACAAUCUCUUGUUGUUGUCGUUGUUAUUUUUCACUUGUUCUUCAUUAGCCCAUGUUUCUGCGCAAGAAAGCUAACUUCAUUGUACCAGCCACCACCCAUGGCUCUCACAUACCAUAAUGGCGCUUUGCUUGAAGGACAUCUCCCAGUAUCAAUUCUUUGGUACGGACAAUUCUCACCGGCUCAGACAUCUAUUGUUGCAGACUUUCUUCUCUCCCUCGACCCACAUGAUCAACCAGAGAAUCUCUCCUCUAAAAAACCCUCAGCCUCGCAGUGGUGGAAAACUAUCCAAACCUACUUGAAAAAGGCUGGCAAAAGGGAGAUCCAAAUUGAACUGUCCAAUCAAAUCUCAGAUGAGUCCUGUUCCAUGGGCAAAACCCUCAAGAAAUCCCAGAUUUCCGAGUUGGCUCGUGCUGUCAGCUCCAAAUCCAGUGGGUUAACUCUGGUUCUCACAGCAAAAGACGUUGCAGUUGAAGGCUUCUGCAUGAGCAACUGCGGGUUUCAUGGGUCGGACGCUAGAAAGAGGUCAGCCUUCAUCUGGGUUGGGAACUCGGAGACUCAGUGCCCUGGCCAAUGCGCGUGGCCCUUCCACCAACCCAUCUACGGACCACAGACAACACCACUGAUUGCACCCAACGGGGACGUGGGGUUGGAUGGCAUGGUCGAAAAUAUAGCGACUCUUCUGGCCGGAACUGUAACCAACCCUUUUGGAAACGGCUAUUUCCAGGGCUCAGCUGAGGCGCCUCUGGAGGUGGCUUCAGCUUGCCCCGGAAUUUAUGGGAAAGGAGCUUAUCCGGGAUACGCCGGAGAGCUGUUGGUGGAUUCCAGCACCGGUGCGAGCUAUAAUGCGCUGGGUGUAAACAGCAGGAAAUACCUCUUACCUGCAGUGCUUGACCCUUCUACUUCGCAGUGCUCAACUGUUGUUUGACAAGGUUGACUUUUAGUGGAUUGUACAUGUGUGCACAUUCUAAUUUCUUCUUAAUCGUAAUUUUUUUUUUCUCUA